AACAAUUUUCACUCGCGGACUGAUCUGAACUGAAUCUUCACCUAAGGUUUUCUACCCUUUUACGCUAUUAGUCUCUGUCUCCCAGUGGAUUCUCCCGAGUAUAUCGACUCGACUAAAUUUUUCCCUUGGCCUGGAUAAAGGAAACGAAGAGUCUUUCUGGCUUUGCUCUCAGACAGCGAGAUGCCCAAGUUGAAAGGAGUCGAAGGCACAAAAUCCCACAAGAAAAUGCGUAGAAAAAGGUCAACUGCGAAUACUGUCAAAGGAAAAAGCAAACUUGGAGGCAAGGGAAAAAAGUCUGGAAGAAGCGUGAGCCCUCGGAGCGAUUCAUCAGAGGACAGCGUAUUUGGUAAUCAAGCCUGCGCACCACGGACUUCGGGAAGGAUAAAAAAAAUGGCGGCAGUGUUCAAUCGAGAGGCGAGCUUUGAUGACAACCGUUCUGAUGUCUACGAUGAUGAAGAAGAUAGGGGGUUUUUCCAUAUGAAUGAAUCAGAUGAAGAUACAGAAGAUGCAAGUGAAACUGAUAUGGCAAAGCUUGAAGAGGAGUUUACAGAAAUGAAAGAACAAAUGUAUCAAGAAAAGUUACAGGAUUUCAAACAACAGCUACAGAAUUUGAACAGUGGUAAACAUUCUGACUACACUAAAAGGCUGAAUAAACUUGAUUUGGUAAGAACAGAGAGACUUCUCAUUGCAGAAAUCUGUAGGAAGUAUGAGAUUGAGCUUGUGGAGAAGGAAUACAUCCGUGAACAGAAAGCAGCACAAGAGGAGUAUGAACAAAAGAAAGUUGAACUCAAAGAGACACUCCUAAAUGAACUUCAAGAGAAGAAAAAGGUGAUAGAGACAGAGAGGUCAUCCAUGGAGCUCACAGGAGAUUCAGUGGAAGUGAAACCUGCUGUCACACGAAAACUGAGAAGAAGACCAAAUGACCCAUUACCUGCACCUGAAAAAAGAAGAAAGACUUCUCCCCAGAUAAAUUACAUGCUGGAUGAAGAAGAUAUCAUGGACGACUUGAAAGCUCUGAACAAGUUGGUCUCUCUUCCAGGAGAGGUAACAUCCUCACAAGGCCAGUCACAGAAUAAAACAGGAUCAAGCCGCCUUAAGAUAUCUUCAGGAAAUGGUUCUCAUUCAGAAAUCUCAUACCCAGUUGAGGUCCGCUCUGAGGAUGGAAGGCUCCUUUAUGACAAAAAAUGGUUCAACAAAGGGUGCAGCGUUGUUGUAGAAACAAGAGAAAAUGGAAGAUAUAGUGGAUCCCUUCAUUCUAUUGGCCAGUCAGAGAUAUGGAUUAAGAAAACAGACAACACCAAAGUGCGAAUUUACAUUUCCUCACUGAUGAAAGGGAAAUUUCAUCUCAAGAAGAAAAAUGCCAGCAGCAGUAAUAAUAGUACGAGUUCCGGCCCUUCAACGAAUCAUUCCAAUACGUAACACUCAUUCUAAGGAAACUCAGGGUCCUUUUUAUUGACAAUUACUAUUAAUAAUUUUUGUCAGCAGUUCAUAACCCUUAAAUGGUAUUGUUUACUUUGAUAAUAAAGUGACAUCAGAGAAACUUUUCAUGUGUAUAAAACAACACCAUUGGUAAAAGAUUAAGCAACAACAACAACAACAACAACAAAUCAGGAAAAUUUUCAUUGAGUUUGUUUUGCAAGGGUUUUUAAAACAAAUUUGUUUGGAGUAAGUGAUCUUGCCUCAGAAAUCCAAUUUCUUUGGUGGAAAUUCACAGUCAAAAUGAGUCUUAAUAGAUUACUUCUUUGCAAAUUAUACAUGGUAACAGAGGUGCUGUUUGUGAGUGUCACAAAUAUUUAUUUGUAAACCUUAUCAAUGUAGAUGAAGAAAGGAAAGCGUCUCCCUUGGAAUCAGCAGAUUAUUACACUGUAACUCCAAUCCAUCCUUGGCUUCAGUAAAUUUUAUUAACUGGUGUAAAUCUUUGCAAGUUCACUACCAAGUUGUCUAUCAUUUUGUUAGAUGUAGUACCCUGUAAGCUUAGGAAACAUUGCGUACCACACAUAAACAGAAGGAAGUGGUUCUUCUGUCAGUUUAAUUUAAAUACUUUUCCUCCUUUGUAAUUUUCUCUCAUUCCCCAAUACUCAAGGUCAGCAUGCAUAUCUUUACUUAGCCAAAGAAAUUCAUUAUUGUAAAUAGCAAUAUUCAACCAUGUAUUAAAAACUUUGAAACAAUCA